AUUUUUUAUUUCUCCUAAAACAAUAUAAUUAAGAAUCAUAUAAUGCGUAACCAAACUUCAUAUCUCACUAGGACAUUUGUUUCGACCUUUAGAAAUUACGAUUACGUACGUACCUCUUAGUUUUAGAUUGGAUUAUGUGAAAAUAUUCAGUUGAUAGCAUUAUUUUGUUUCUCUUGGCUAAUCACGAUCAUAGACAAAGCACAUCUCCGAAGGUUAAAUGCAGUCGCUAUACACCGGACCAGUGUAGUUUUCACGAAGUGGUCCUUUUUAUAAACCUUCUUGAGAAUUCUACAUUUUUAAUCCAUUUUUUUGUCGUGUAGUGAUCUUUUUCCUCUAAUCUAAUCAAAAUCAGAGCUAAAACGUUUGACAUUACCAAAGCCAAUAUCAAAACCAUUUUAAGCUUGCCGAGGUCAGAAAAUAUAAUAUUACUUUGAUCAGAUCAGGCCAUGAUCAUCUUCUUCUUCUUUGACGAUCAUAAUUCAUAAACCCUAAUUCUCAGAUUAUGAUGACUCUUUACGGUCAAGAAAGGUCAGCGGACGCCACAAGUAACCACCGGGUUGAGACGACGGAGACUGUCGUGAGAGACAUCCACGCGCUAACUCCGACGCCGGAAGAUAACUCCCGGACGAUGACGACGACGUUGCCUCCACCGCCUGCUUUCCGAGGCUAUUUUUCUCCGCCAAGGUCAACAACGACCAUGAGCGAAGGAGCUUCUUCUGGCGAGAACUUCACGACUAUAAGCAGAGAGUUCAACGCUCUAGUCAUCGCUGGCUCCUCUAUGGAAAACAACGAACCAACGGCUCGUAACGUCACGCAACGUGAAGAAGAGAGACAACAUGACUUGAACUUGAUGAGGAUUCACGAGGAGAGGGAUCAUGAAGUGGAGACGAAUCCUUUGGCAAUUGUGCCGGACCAGUAUCCGAGUCCGGGUUUGGAUCCUGGAAGUGAGAAUAGGUUGUUGGGUCUGGGUGAAAGUCAAGGUCGGGUAGGGACGACGACGGUGCAAAGGGUGAAGAGGGAAGAGGUGGAAGCGAAGAUAACGGCGUGGCAGACGGCAAAACUGGCUAAGAUCAAUAACAGGUUUAAGAGAGAAGACGCCGUUAUUAACGGUUGGGUUAAUGAACAAGUCAACAAGGCCAAUUCUUGGAUGAAAAAAAUCGAGGUGCGUUGUGGUGGCAUAAUUUGUAGUAAUGUAAAUUAGGUGAGAGAUAGUAAUAUAUAUCUCACAUUCUAGCUUCUAAUUAAUGUUUUAUAUAUAGGAUCGUGGCAUCAUCAUUGUCACAUGUAAUUCUUAGUUCAACAAACAUUGUGGAAUUAUAUGUAAUUUUCCGGGAUUGAUGAUAUAGUGAAAAAUAUUUAAUAAAAGGCGGGUUAAGUGAUAGUCUAAAUGGUGAAUUCAUUUCGGAUUAAUAAUGUAUACACAGAGACAUGUAUGUAUAAGUUUAGCUAACA